AUGACCGGCCGAAGCCCCAUCCACGCCUACCAUCCGGGCCCCACAACCAGCAGGAUGGCCGCCGCCGCUGCCACCUCCAUCCACACCACAAACACCACCAACAUCAACACAACCACAACCUCCUCCGACCGCUACUUCCCCAUCAACACCGCCGUGAUCCCCGGCUACGCGCGCAACAGCCCGCCUCUCUCAAACUCACUCCCGUCAGACUCGUCUUCCCUCUCGGGUAGCUACCACAGCCACCACCACAACCACCACAACCACCGCCACAACAGGGACAUGAUGACCAUCCGCGCCGUGUCGCCCGACUGCGACGCCGCCAAUGACGACGACGACGGCAACGAAACAGACGACUCGCUGGUAGCGCAGCACUCGCCGACCACGCCGCCGCGCACACCAGCGCACACGAGCCGCUUCGACAUGAUGGGACUGCUGGGUGGGCACCACGGGCACGGCGGCGGCGGCUCAGAGUCACCGACGGAUCCAGUAUCUCCAGGAGGGCUAGGACUGGGUAUGGGUAUGGGUAUGGGCAUGGGUAUGGGGAAGGGGCAGAGCCGGCUGCUGUCGCGCCCGGGCUUUCUGCCGUUUGCGGACCUGAGCGUGCGUGCAAGGGACGGGGAGGGCGCACGAAGGAGGGGCACGUCGCCGACGACCGAGAGGCCGAGUACGAUGGAGGUCAUGAUACAGCCACCCAUACACUAUCAUAGCUCGCGGUAUGUACAAGGGUUUUUGCAGGAGGGCGGGGCGACGUCGGUGGGCUUUCCGUCGACGCAGGCAAUGGGGUCGGGGGCGUGCGGGUCUGGUUCUGGGUCUGGGUCUGGGUCCGGGGGGUCCGGAGGAGGGGGGAAGGUGCUGGUCAAGACGGGCAAGCAGAGGUUCCUGAGGAACCAGGCGUCGGUGAGCACGCUCAGCGCGCGGCUGACCGAGUCGCCGACCGCCAGCUCGCCCAUUACACCGGCGCUGCCGCCGCCCGACACGGGGACCGUGUUCCGGCUGAUGAAGGAGCUGCGCGGGCGCAUGGAGGGCUACGUCGAGUACCGCGUGGGCGACAACAUGGUGUGGGUCAAGGGCUACUGCCUCAUCAACGAGGACACGGGAAACCUCAUCCACCACCGCGAUGAGAUCACGUCCACGUCCGCCACCGCAACCCCGCCAACCGUCAUCAUCGCGGACCUCCGCGGCUGCCAGGUGAGGCCUACACAACUGCCCGACGACUCCGACAGCAGCAGCGGAAUCAUCGAGGUCUCCGCACACACGUCCAUCGUGCCCAUAAAGCUGCGCCCCCUGGACUCAACGCAGUUCACGCGCUGGCUGGCGGCGCUGCUGUGCUGGCAGCCCAUCCCGCCCGCGGGGCCCCAGAAUAAGAUGGUGAAGCCGCAGACGCUGGUGCUGACGCAGGAGCGCAAGGUUGACCGGCGGCGCAACUCGGACGCCACGCUGUCCAAGGAUGCGGCGAUCAUCAAGGUUGGCAAGAUGCUGCUGUGGCGAAAGGGCGGGCUGAACGGCGGGCUGCACCAUCAUGGCCAUUCGGCGGGGGGGUCCGGGGGCGGCGGGAGUGGCAGCGGCGGAAGUGGGUCAGGGAAGGGAUCGUCGUCAUCGUCGUCCGGGAGGAGCAGCGGCGGGAGGGGCGGCGCGGCGGGCGUAACGUGGCAGCAGAUAUCGUGCACGCUGCAGGAGAAUGGCGAGUUUAGGAUGUAUGCGGAGGCGGAUACGACGCUGUUGGCGGUCAUCAUGCUACAGCAAUUGUCGAGGUGUGCGGUGCAGCAGUUAGACCCAAGUAUUCUGGAUAAGGAGUUUUGCAUCGCUGUGUAUCCGCAGUACUCGCAGCUGUCGACGAGCGGGUCGCUGGCAAGGCCGGUGUAUCUGAGCAUCGACAGCCGAAUAUUAUUUGAAGUGUGGUUUGUCCUGUUGCGCGCCUUCACAAUGCCGGAGCUGUACGGGCCGGCCUGCAUGAACCCGACCUCGCCGUCGACCAGCUCACGCGGAUUAGCGGGCAUCGUCGAGGGCCAGGAUAUGGGCGACGGCCUGGUGGACUCGUACCGCGUGCAGCGUAGCCUGUUUCUGCGCGUCGUCGAGGCCAAGAUCACGAUGCCCGGCGGCGGGCUCGAUAGCCUGAAGGAGAACCUGGACUGCUACGCCGAGGUCAUCCUAGACGGCGAGGUGCGCGCAAAGACGAUGGUGCGCACAAAGACACACAACCCUUUCUGGCGUGAGGACUAUGAGUUUCCCGACCUGCCGGCGAGGAUGUCGGAUGUGGGCGUCGUGCUGAAGCAGCGGCAUCCAAGGUGGAAGACGAAGGGGUCGGGCACGGCGACGGGGUCGGGAGGAGGGUUUGGAGGUGGUUUGGGAGGAGUGAGUGUGCCCGGGAGUAAGGAUGCGGUUAUUGGCAGGCUGGAUAUAUCGGAUGAGCUGAGGUUCGAGGCGGAUACGGAAGGCUGGUGGCCGCUGAGGUUUGAGAGGGACAUAGAGGGCUGGUGGCCGCUGAUGUCGUCGAAUAAGGGCGCGGAGGAGAAGGUGGGCGAGAUGUUUUUGAAGAUUGGCAUGGAGCAGUUGAUUGUGCUCAUGGCGCAUGAGUAUAAGGAUAUCUCAGAUCUUCUGCACAACUUCACCAGCGGCAUAACAAUGGAGAUGGCACAGGUCAUCUCGCCCGACCUACGCCGCCUGGCCGACACUCUCCUGAAGAUCUACCAAGUCAACGGCAAGGCCAGCGAAUGGCUCAUGUCCCUCGCCGAAGGCGAGAUCGACGGCCUCCACAAGGAAACCAUCCCCAUGCGGCCCGGACUCGGGCGGCACCGCAACUCGGACGAGUCGUGCACCUCUGACCAAGACGCGCCACACCCACGGCGGGAAGUCUCAAAGUCGGCGCUGAUGGAUGCCAAUAUCCUGUUCCGCGGCAACUCGCUGCUGACCAAGGCGCUCGACUCGCACAUGAAGCGGCUGGGGCGCGAGUAUCUGGAGGAGACGCUCGGCGAGCAUCUGUGGAAGAUUGCGGACGAGGACACGUACUGCGAGGUGGACCCCUUGCGCAUGGAGCCCGGGGAGAACCUGCCGAAGAAUUGGAAGGUGCUGAUGGGCAUUGUGAAUGGCAUCUGGAGUAGCAUAUAUAAGAGCCCGGAGAGGUGCCCGAUUGAGCUGCGCAGGGUGCUGAAGCAUAUCAGGGCGUGUGUGGAGGAUCGAUAUGGGGAUCUACUGAAGAGUGUGAGCUAUAGUAGUGUGUGUGGGUUUCUGUUUUUGCGGUUCUUUUGUCCGGCGAUACUGAACCCGAAGCUAUUUGGGCUGCUAAAAGAUCACCCCGGCGUGCGAGCCCAGCGCACCCUCACCCUCGUCGCAAAGUCGCUCCAAGGCCUCGCCAAUAUGACCCCCUUCGGCGUCAAAGAGCCAUGGAUGGAGCCCAUGAACGAGUUCCUGCACGCGCACACCACGGGCCUCCGCGACUUUGUCGACCACCUCACGAACAUUCCGCCCACGCAGUUGUACGCGCAGGAGACCGUUCCGCCGUCGUACGCCACGCCCAUCACGAUCCUGUCGCGGCUGUCGCAGCCGUCAAAGGAGGGGUUCCCCUCGCUGCCGUUCCUCAUCGACCAGCCGCGCGCGUUCGCGGCGCUCGUCGCAAUGUGGCUCAAGUGGUGGCCAGUGCACCAUGCAAAGUGCCCCGAGCACCAUAUUGAGGGCGAUCUAGCACGGUUUCAUGAGUUGUGUCUAGAGGUGAAUGAGAGGAUCCGCGUGUGUGUGGAGAAGGCGGAGAAUGCCGAGAGGCCGUCGAGUUCGCUGUCAGCGAGGUGGGAGGAGGUGGCGGAGAAGGUGGCGGGCACGGGGGGUGGCCAGGGGGUCGGGCAGGUGCUGACGAUGUUUCCGUUGUCGACGAAGGCGCAUCGGGUUGUGGGGUUGGCGGCGGGGGAGGAGUGGGUGCAGGGUGGGGGUGGGGGAUAUGCGGGCGCGCAGGGCGGGCAGGGGAGGUCGAAAAGCAAGUUUAUGAGUGGCUUUGUCGGCGGGAUAAAGAAGAAGGUCAAGUCGAAGACGUAUGUGGGCGAUCAUGAUGAGGUAUGA